CCCGAGAAUCUCUCCUUCACUACCCCAGCCGUAUCCCCUUCCUCCUAAGCAAUCAUCUUUCCACCUCCCACAUGUCCGUAAUCAGAUUGUUUGGAUGAAUGUAGUGGUUGCAGUCAUAGGAUAGAUGAGACAAGAAGACUUUUCCCCUUAAAAUCUUCUGCUGUCUGUGGAUCGAAAAUCUUGUCCUCAUAGAUGUUUCCUGGUGGUAGAAUCAGUGUGAGACCAGCAGUAUUCGUGGUCACCAUCACAGUAUUUCGAUGAGGACACUUACUCCCCUCUACCCAGGAACAUGAAGGGUCUCUCUGGUGGCCGCCCUGCCCAUCUCCAGCUUACGUCACCUACUUCACCUCAUGCAUGUGGUUUGGCCGAAUGUGACCACUCGCUGGAUCACCAUCUUCACCAUGGAGACCCGCGGUCACCCACCUACCUCCUUAGCCCCACUGACAGUUGUGCCCUUGAGAGUCAUCACCGCUGCUCCCCCCGGAGCUCCAUCCAUUCUGAAUGCAUGAUGAUGCCGGUGUCCCUAUCCACCACUGAUCACUCAAUAUCCAGUAGCACUUUUCCUCGUAUGCAUUAUGGCAGUGCUUCAAGAGAUGGAGGUGGAAACAGUUCUGGUGGUAGGGAUUCUCGGGAUGACGGUGGCUCCUCCUCACAUGGUGGCAGUGGCAAAAUGAACCGGAUUCCUGCAAAUCUUUUGGAUCAGUUUGAAAAGCAAAUACCACUGCACAGAGAUGGCUUCCACACUUUGCAGUACCAACGAACCUCCACCACAACUACAACUACAGAACAUCGCAAUGAAAGCCCCGGACGAAUUCGCCACUUAGUUCACUCAGUACAGAAACUUUUCACAAAGUCCCACUCCUUAGAGGGAUCUUCCAAGAUGAAUGGUACCAAAAGUGACUCACACAGGGAUGGCUCGCACCACCACCAUCACCACCACCAAGGCCACCACAAACACAGCAAACGCAGCAAGAGCAAAGACCGUAAAUCUGAUGGUGGAGGAAAGCAGCGUCAUGCCGGUUGGUGGAGUUCGGAUGACAAUCUUGAUAGUGACAGCACCUACAGGACACCGAGCAUCAUGUCACGGCAUCCUAUUGACCACAUCAGCCACUGUUACCCAGAUUCAAUGCACAGUCACAUGGCGGGGGACCUGUCGCUAAAGACUUCCAAGAGCAACAACGACGUCAAAUGCUCAGCCUGCGAGAGCAUUAGCAUGGCCCCUGAGGGCAAAUUCAUGAAAAGGAGCUCCUGGUCAACAUUAACCGUCAGCCAAGCCAAGGAAGCCUACAGGAAGUCAUCACUCAACCUGGAGAAGCCUAUGACCCCCACUGACCUUAAACCCAGCUUGAGACCCUGUCACUAUCUACAGGUACCUCAUGAUGAGUGGGCUGGUUAUCCCAGCGGUGGGAAGGAUGAUGAGAUCCCUUGUCGUCGAAUGCGGAGUAGCAGCUAUGUUAAAGCUAUGGGGGAUGAGGAGAGUGGGGAAUCAGACUCCAGCCCAAAGACAUCACCUCAGAAGUCGGUGCGUCCGGAUGCCCUUAUCAAGGCCAUCAUCAGACCCAAAGACUUGCUGGAUUCUCAGAGCUCUUACCGCCUGGAUAAAAUCAACAGUGACAUGCAUAACUACAUCACCAAUUUUGCUGCAGACUUAAGUCAGAACUACCAUUUGCAGGCCACCAGGGAAAUACGCCCCAGCCUCGCUCUGGAUCCCUCUACCAAUUACAACUCACCCAAGUUUCGCUCCCGGAACCAGAGCUAUAUGCGGGCUGUCAGCACGCUUAGUCAGGCUAGCUGUGUCAGCCAAGUGAGCCAGGUUAGUGAAACGGAAGUAAAUGGCCAGUUUGAAUCUGUGUGCGAGUCGGUGUUUAGUGAGGUAGAAUCCCAAGCCAUGGAUGCAUUGGACCUUCCUGGCUGUUUCAGAACCAGGAGCCACAGUUACCUAAGAGCCAUCCAGGCUGGAUACUCCCAAGAUGAUGACUGCAUACCCCCGAUGGCAUCCACUGUUACCUCUACCCUCAGGUCAACCACAGCCAUCACCUACACACCAAGCUACAAGAAGGCCCCUCCUCCAGUACCGCCUCGCACCACCUCUAAACCACUCAUCUCAAUCACCGCCCAAAGCAGCACCGAGUCCACUCAGGAUGCCUACCACGAGGGACGGCACCCCCACGACGGCCUGUGGGCCCCCGAUGGCCUCACCCUUAGCCUGACGCCAGGCAGGGCCCUCUAUAACUCCACCGACAGCUUGGACAGCACCAAGGCCGUGACCAUAGCGAUGGAGGCAGCAGGAAUCAUGGCAGGGAAAAGGCAUCCAUCCACAGAUUCUCAUAGUUCCGUCCUCACCUGUGACAAGGCAAUUCUGGUGUCCAAGGCUGAGGAGUACUUGAAAACCCCUCGAUCAUCGAUAGGAAUACAGGUGGAAGCAGCCACGGACUCGGAGUCUGAAAGCAAAGGCUUGCGGGAGUACCACUCUGUUGGGAUCCAGGUGGAGGAUGACAAAAAAGGACAGGGGAGAUUUAAACGCUCCAACAGUGUGACAGCAGCUGUCCAGGCUGACUUAGAGCUGGAGGGCUUUCCCACUAUGGAGGACAAAGGUCUGCAGUUUGGUGGGGGCUUCCAGCGUCACUCAGAGCCAAGUACGCCUACCCAAUACGGAGCGGUGCGCACCGUCCGUACGCAGGGCCUCUUCACCUAUCGAGAUGAUUACCGCACCCCUGCUGAGCCGCCCAGUCCUCGCGAGACCACCAGCGAGACAAGCUGGCAGUUAGAACCUCCUUCCCCACGGGAAAACCAGGCCUCAUCAGGUGAGUCAGGAAGGGUGUCUCCAUCCCUGAGGAGAGAUGGGAGCUGGUUCAUGCAACUGCUUCACACCGAGACCAAAAGGAUGGAGUCCUGGUGCAAAGAGAUGGAAGCAGAGGCUGAGGAGAAUGACCUCUCAGAAGAAAUUUUAGGUAAAAUACGAAGCGCAGUUGGAAGUGCUCAGCUGCUCAUGUCGCAGAAAUUCCAGCAAUUUUACUGGCUGUGUCAACAAAAUCUGGAUCCUAGUGCAAUGCCGCGACCCACCUCUCAGGACCUGGCUGGGUUCUGGGAUCUGCUGCAGCUUUCCAUUGAUGACGUCAGCAUGAAGUUUGACCAGCUGCAGCAGAUUAAGAACAACAACUGGAGGCUAAUUGACAGCCCAGAAAAGAAGCCCUCUGCUCCCAUACCAAAGAAGACAGUAAGACAAAAGAGUGCAAUGACGAGGGAAAAAUCCCUGGACCUCCCAGACAGGCACCGGCAGGAAGCACGUCGGAGGCUCAUGGCAGUCAAGCGCGCAGCCUCCUUCCGGCAGAACUCGGCGUCGGAGCGAGCGGACAGCAUUGAGAUCUAUAUUCCAGAAGCUCAGACUAGACUUUGAGAAAAGGUUGGAUCAGGGAUCUAUAGCUUUCCCUGCUCCUGUGCUCCAGCAACUUUAAAACUAGCUUUUUUUUCUAGACUGCUUCUCUGUCCACUUCUCCGUUUUCCAUCUCUGGUCCAAUAGUCAUCCUCAGUGCCCAUUACCAACAUCAAUGGACUGUAGGAAUUGUUAAGGCUUCCAUUGCCAAAAAACAUACAUCUGA